AGUCGAUGUUCUUGGAAGUUGUGUUUUUAGGCUAUCACAAAUCCACAUCAAACAAGUACAUUUGGCGUUUUCAGAUUCGAGUAAGUGUAGGCAGAAACAGAACGGAUGGAGUGCAUGAGCCUUCCUUAUUUUUGCCCUUUUGUUGAACAUACCGUGUUUCUUUGGAUGGUGAAUUUUUUGCUUUACCUGAAAGUGAAAAUGCGAGAAGGCUAUUCAGUUCACCUCUCUACUCUCUGUCUCUCCCGCACUACAGUCCACAGCCUCAACAACGAGAAUGAUCGAAGGGAGGAAGGCAAUUGUUGCACACUUGUCUAGUUUGGACCGUCUUUUUGACCUGCUUCUGUCCUAUUUUUCUUUCAACUCUUUUGAAAUAUUCAUAUCCAAAUGGAUUUGAAAAUUGGAGACAGAAGUUGCACUCACCAGUUACCUCAUUUGGAUUUAUUGGUUUUUGGAGAAAGUGUUGAAUUUGAGGACACUGAAACAAAUGUUUGAGAUGAAACAAAGUAAGAUUGCGGCUCUCCAAGAACAGAAUAUUGCGGAAAAGUUAGUGGUCAGCCUCGAUUAUGUUAGUGCAAGGGACAAAUUACUCAAAGCCCAAGCACUAUUCCCAGAACUUGACAACAUUGAUUUGAUGUUAAUCGUCUGUGACAUACUAUGUGCUGCGAGCAUGAAGUUUCCUGGGGUUGGUGUCGAUUGCUAUUGGGUUCUUCAGCUCCUUCCGUCAGCCAGUGACUCUGAUGUAAAAGCCCGGUAUCACAAGCUUAUGAGCCUGCUACAACCCAUCAAAACUAAGUUCCCUGGCACUGAAUUGGCUCUUAGAUUCAUAUGGGAAGCAUACUCUGUGCUUUCAGAUCGAGACAAUCGUUCUGCAUUUGACUUGUAUAGGAAUGCAAGUUGGGAAGGAAUUGGGACAUCUUCCAAUCAGGGAACCACGAAUAAGGAAUCUUUCCCUGCUGCUCAAAGCUUUUCUGGAUGUGAAAGGGUUUCUACCAGUGAUAUUUCAGGUGGAAGCAUUGGAGGGGUUUUUUCAAGAUCGAUGCUUUUGAAGAGCAUGAACAAUAAAGAAUCUAAUACACUAACUAGCCAAAAGACAGUUCAGCAACAAGGGGAGGUUGAUCUGCAGAAAGGAACUCAUCCAGCUCAUCUGACCUUUAUUGACAGCGGAGGAAUAGAUAGACAUACAGAAAGUUUAAGUUCUCCAUUGACAAUGCAUUCUGCCAGUUCGUUGAGAAAUCCGUCCUGGCCUUCAAAAGCUGUUGAAAGAAAAGGGGCUGGCCUUGUUUUUUAUGACUUUGAAAACGAUAGAAAGACUGAAGUCUUUGAAGUUGGCCAGAUUUGGGCUGCUCAAUAUCAAGCGGUUGUUCCUCGUUGCUAUGCCCAGAUUAAUGUCCACUUGAAGUCUGAAAUGAGUGUUUCAUGGCUGAAACCUGUUCCUGUUACUGAAGAUGAAAGAAGAUGGUGUGAGGCAGGCUUGCCUGUGGCCUGUGGCUCAUUUUAUCUUGAUCCAGAUAUGAGUGAAAAAAUAAUCACUGCCCCAUUUCUUUUCUCUCAUUUGAGCUCUUGGCCUCAUGGUAUUACAGAGGAACAGUUUGAAAUCUACCCCAAGAAAGGUGAGGUGUGGGCAAUAUAUAAGGACUGGGACCUAGCUGAGUAGUCUUUAAAUCCCAAAACAGCAGGAGGAUGUAGAUUUGAGAUAGUGGAACUCCUCACAGAUUAUUCAAAGUAUGUGGGUGCCCUCGUUGCGUGUUUGGUUAAGAUUGACAAAUUCAGAAGUGUCUACCAGAGGUGCACAAACGGGGAAAACCAGUUCUUUUGUAUCACUCCAGACAAUUUAUAUAUCUUUUCCUACAAGAUCCCAACAUUUAGGUUUAUGGGCGGAGAGCUGCAAGGGGUUGUAGCCGGUAUGCUCGAACUGGACCCAUUGGCCUUGCCUGAUGACAUUGCCCAAGAUGAUGCCAACCCUGACAUCUUGAUUGAAGAAGUUCCUAGGAAUUUGUCUAGCUUCACACACAAUCCCCAAUGCUUUCCAUCCAUGAAAACAUAUCCAGAAGACGAGUACUUGAAUCCCACUUGGUCACAAAAUGAUUUUCUCUCAGAUCAAAUAUGGGCUGUAUACAGUGGUACAGAUUUCAUGCCUCGGUGUUACACCCGAAUAAACAGUGUGGUUUCUGAGAGCCUAGUAUGCGUUACAAUCUUGGAACCUCAACCAAUUCUUUACAAUGAGAUUCACUGGCAUAAAGAAAAUCUACCAAUUGUGGCUGGGAUAUUUAAAGCUGGCAGAACAACUUUGAACAUGGAAAUGUCAUGGUUCUCCCAUUCAGUCAACUGCCAACAGAACAUCACUAAAACUUUGUACAUGAUCUACCCAAUGAAAGGUGAGUUUUGGGCAAUGUACAAGAACUGUGACGGCAAAUGGACGAAGUCUGAUUAUAACGAUCACAAGUAUCAGAUUGUUGAAAUCCUUUCAGAUUUCUGUGAAGGGAGCUUCAUUGUAAUAGCCAAGUUGCUAGAGGUAAAGGGUUGCCUAACUUUCUUUCAAAGACAACAUGUUGAUGGGUUUGAGUUGACUCAAACAGUUUCAAAAACAGAUAUGCUUGCUUUCUCUCACAGGAUUCCAGCUUUUAUUGUGCAUGGAAUGUGUCGAUAUGGAAUUCCAGAAGGUUCUUGGCAUCUGGAAGCUAAGGCAUUGCCACCCAAACGUGGCAAAUAAGGGUUGUUGAUCCCCAUUGGCAUUACACAGCCUCAGAUACAUGUUGAGAAAAGGAAGAAAAAGUUGUGGUUUGUAAUUGGGAACAAUUACAGCUAUUCUCACAAUGUAUAACUAAUAUUUGUAAACUAAAGGAAGAAGAGAAAUCGUAGAACUGACUUUUGUGCUACUCCUGCAACAACAUUGCUAUUCAUUUUGAUUUGCAUAUCUGAAUGUUGUGCCCUUUGAAACUGUUGCCUAUCAUUUCAAUUGUUUGAUUCACACUUUUGGAUA